GUGCAGCUUCAAGCUUUGCGUGGUGAUGUCUCCACAUUGGUCGCAGAGGUCGGGUUGCUGCAAGGGGUCGCCACGACUCGCGCCGAGGUCACCGCCGAUGAGAGGCGGGCAGUGUUGGACGAGGUUGCUGCACUACGAGGGCAGAUGUCCACUGUAUUGCAUACGCUAGCUUUGGCGCUCCAGGACCAGCCUGGCAAGACAGAAUCUGAACUUUACGCUGCCGUUGCUGGGUUGUCAAAGCUUUGUGAAACAACGUUGCGACAUUGCCAAGAGACGGCAGGUGCCCAGGUGGCAGUGGCCGCAAAGCUAGCGGAGCUGCAGGAGGAGACCAGCGUUGUUGCAGCGGCCUUGCAUCGCUUGCGCGGCAUUUUCCAGGGUGAUGUUGAGAAUGCCAUGCGACAAAUGGUCAGGGAUGUGUCUGCUGUGCACCAGGAAGGUUGCAACGUGCACCUGCCUCAGCCGGUUUCCAACCAGCCACAGGCCUCGGUUCCACAGGGUGUACCGAGCCGCACUCCCGAGGCUUUGGUGAGGCCUCAAAAGCCCAGGCCUCCACCAGAGGAAGUGACCUUGCUCCGGCGGAUGCUCAGAGAGCACCGACAGGCUCAGCUGGAUUCCUCACCCAGGUCAACUGGCACACCCCGGCGCCAGGAAGCAACUCAAGCCUGGCCUUCAAUCUUGCAGCGACGAUCGCUGCAGCGGCCCAUGUAUCCCAUGUGGAGGCCAAGCCGCCGUCCGAGCCCUCAAUGGCGCGACGUUGGAAUGCCGAAUGUGCAACAGCCUUUCUUGGCAGAUGCCUUGCAGCACAGGUCCGCAGCAUCCAGACCAGCUUCUCCACCUCAGCCAAUACAUCGGCAACGAGGACUUCAAGAGGCUCAAGAGCGGCUACAUGAGGCCAAGGCAUACCAGGAGCUUCUAGAGUUGCAAGAGAUACAGCGGCGUUUGCAACACAUGGGGCUGGAGGAAGCCCAAGUUGUCAAUGAACAUCCAGCGGCUGCAAGUGGAGGCAGUAGCUUCAGAUCAUGGAUGCCAGAGCGGCCGGUUGAGAAAUCGCCCGACAUGCCAAACGUCCGCUUUCCUCAGGCAGCAGGUGACGGCCCGCAAUGGGGCGACUUGCAACUGCAGCUGCACGAACAGCUCGAAACGCUGCGGCAAAAGCUUCGCAGCCACUCGACAAAAGAGCUGAAGACGGAGGCCAUCAAGGCAGAUCGUAGCCUUGAGGCGCAGGCAGGAUUUGCAGAGUUCAUGAAGCGCCAGCACGACUCCUUGGCCGAGCGGCUUUUUCAGUCUGGGUUCAUUCCAGAGUUGAACGCCUCAUCUGGAAGCAUGAGCACGGUCCUUCCCACGGGUCGCCACGAGAGCGAGGACACGGAGCAGCGAGAGUCGGAGCCGCAACUUGGAGCGAUUUCAGUACACCCCGGAUAUUUGAAGAAUCGCCAACGCUGCCGCCUGUGCAUGGUGUGUUUCAAUAUCUCCCUUGAAAUGUCCUCAAUAGCCGUGGCGUCGGUGCAGUUGACUUAA